AUGGUGUUCGGCAUACGCAGGCGCCAUGAGGCCGAGAUCGUCGAGUUCGAGGUGGCCGAGACCGCCUCGGAGCGGGAGAUCCUGCGGUCCCUGGGCGUGGCCUCGCUGACACAGUUCGAGAAGAUGCACCGGCUGGACCCCAACAUGCCCAUAGACGAGCUGGAGCAGAUCGACGCCGCCAUCCGGGAGGGCAACGCAGAGAAGGGCGUCGAGAUCGAGCACCUGAUCGUCGAGGACAACUCGCCGUAUCCUGAGGUCCGGUCGACGGUACGGAAUUACGAUGUUGAUCUCCCGGCGAAUACGAUACGGGCAUGGGUCAUUGGCAUGAUUCUGUGCACGAUAGGGUCUGGUGUGAACAUGCUGUUCGCCCUGAGGAACCCCAGUGUUUUUGUGAGCACGUACGCAAUCCAGCUCGUGGCGUACCCCAUAGGACUGGCCUGGGACCUGAUUUUCCCCGACCGGACGUUCAAGGUGCUCGGUCUCAGCUUCAACCUGCGGCCGGGCAAGUUCAACUUCAAAGAACAUGUGAUCAUAACAGUCAUGUCGAAUGCAGCGUAUGGCGGUGGCUCUCUGUAUGCAACAGAUAACUGCGCCCUGUUUUACACACUGCACGACCACGAAAAGUCCGAUCCCGAGUCUGCCUGUGGCUGGCGGAUAGGCCGCUACAAGUGGUUCCUGAUCGUGUUUGGAAGCGCCUUCGUGUGGUACUGGUUCCCGGGCUGGAUAUUCCAGGGGCUGAGCUACUUCUGCUGGGUGACGUGGAUCGCGCCCGAGAACGUCAUCGUCAACCAGCUGUUCGGCGGCGUGUCGGGCUACGGCCUGUUGCCAAUAUCCCUCGAUUGGACUAUCAUCUCCGGCUACCUGGGAUCCCCGCUCAUCCCGCCCUUCUACGCCAUCGCGAACACCAUGGUCGGCCUAGUCGUGUUUUUCAUCAUCAUCUCGAUGGGCCUGCAUUACUCCGGGCACUGGUACGCUCAGUACCUGCCCGUAAGCAGCGCUCAAUCUUUCGACAACCGUGGCGCCAUUUACAACGUAUCGGCUAUCCUCAACGAGAACUUCCACUUCGACGCCGAGAAGUACUUCUCCUACUCGCCCCUCUACCUCCCCACCCAGUUCGCCCUCGCCUACGGCCUCGCCUUUGCCACCGUCUCGGCGAUCGUGGUCCAUGUGAUAUUGUACCACGGCCGCACGAUCAAGGCCCAGUUUACGCUCGCCCGGAACCAAGAGGACGACAGCCACAUGCGGAUGAUGAAGAAAUACCGCGACGCCGAGGACUGGUGGUAUAUGGCCUUGUUCGCUGUGAUGGUUGCCCUCUCCUUCAUCGUCGUGUGCGCGUGGCCGACCGACUUUCCGUGGUGGGCGCUCAUCGUCUGCCUCCUUAUUCCCAUCGCCUUUACCAUCCCUAUAGGAAUUGUACAAGGGAUUACAAAUAUCCAGCUGGGCCUUAACGUCCUGACCGAGUAUGUUGUGGGGUAUAUGCUCGAGGGGAGACCGCUUGCGAUGAUGAUGUUCAAGAACUACGGCUAUCUCUGCAUGGCGCAAGCGCUCUUCUUUGCCUCAGAUAUGAAGCUAGGCCACUACAUGAAGGUUCCCCCCCGGACAAUGUUCUUUGCGCAGCUGACGGCCUCGAUCUGGUCCGCCGUGAUUCAGAUCGCGGUCAUGAACUGGGCGUUGGAAAAUAUCAAGGAUGUCUGUACCGACAACCAGGAGCACCAGUACACAUGCGCCAAUGCAAAGGUCUUCUACACAGCGUCGAUCAUCUGGGGCGUCAUCGGUCCCAGGAGGAUGUUUAGCGCCGGCGCCCUGUACUCGUCGCUCCAGUGGUUCUGGCUGCUUGGCGCCGUCGUGCCGGUCCUCACGUGGCUCAUGGCCAGGAAAUACCCGAUGAGCCUGUGGCGCUAUGUCCACGUUCCGCUCAUCUUCGGCGGGUCCGGGUACCUGCCCCCGGCGACGGUCUAUAUAUAUCUCUGUUGGGGCGUAGUCGGGACCGUGUUCAACUGGUUCAUCAAGCGGCGUAUGAAAGACUGGUGGCUUCGAUAUAACUACAUCACCUCGGCCGCCCUUGAUACCGGGUUGAUCAUAUCAACAAUCAUCAUUUUCUUCAGCCUCUAUCUUACAGAAACCUCCGCGCCGAAAUGGUUCGGCAACGCAGGGGCCUUGUCGACAUUGGACAUGAGCGAGUCAGCUGUGCAGUCUGUGUUACCACCAGGGGAGACGUUUGGUCCUAGCACGUGGAUAUAG